AUGGCUUCUUGUGUCGGUGGUUAUCCACAAGAACGUUUUCAAUAUCCGGUAGAUAAGAAUUUCUUCUGUCCAAUUUGUACAGACGUACUAAAAGAUCCAGUGCAAUGCCACAACCAACACUACUUCUGUAAAGCAUGUAUCACAAAACAUCUCGAGAAUUCUAAGACGUGCCCUAUAUGUGUUGAAAAACUGACGGAGGAGAAUCUAAAUAAACCACCAAGAAUCGUAACAGAUUAUUUAGAUGGAUUGAUAAUCAAUUGUGAUUAUAGUGAGAGAGGUUGCACUGAGUUCCUGGAACUUGGAAAUCUUGCCAAUCAUACUCCAAUGUGUGGUUAUAGACCUGUGACUUGCCCUAAUAAAAGAUGUGAGACAACAGUAAACAUGAAAGACCUAGAACAACACAGGAUAGAGCAUUGCGAGUAUAGACUGAUUUGGUGUCAGGAAUGUGAUGAGGAAAUGUCUGUUAAGAAAUAUGGUAAACAUACAUGUAUAUUGAGUAAAGAAAUUGAUGAAAUGAAAGCAAUGUUGUUAGAAGUGAAAGAUGAAGUCACCAAAAUCUGCAAGAAUCAAAAUGAAAAAUUAAAUGAAAUACAACAUGCUCUAGACAGUAAGAUGGAUGAAUUACUGAAGGAGAUUCAUCUUCUCAGUUCUAAAAAAGGCUCAGGUAAAGAUCAAGGACUAUCUCCUCCACAAGCCCAAGCCACGAGUUCAAGCAGUGCAGAAACUGACAAGAAUAUUAUGAUAUUGGGUGGGAACAAUAAGAUUUCAUUAAGUUCUGUUGAAAUGUAUUCCACUAGCAAAAAGACCUGGAUAAAUCUUGCACCAACACAAGAAUCCAGAGUCUCCUCAACUGCACACUAUUAUGAAGGCAAAGUUUUUGUCACAGGUGGGCAUUGCAAUGGGUCACCUGUAGGGAGCAUAGAGUACAUGAACAUCAGACAAGGACAGUGGCUUCCUUUUGCACGUCGUCUUCCAGUCAAAUGCCAUGGCCACAACUCAGUCAUCCACAAUGAUCGACUAUGGGUUAUUGGAGGAAUGCUGGUUAAACAACCAUGUUCCGAUUCCAUUCACGAGAUGAUGCUUAAUCCACCAUACACUUCAAAGCUCAAGUGCAAGUUGCAGGAGCCGCUUGCCUACCAUGGCUCAGAAGUUGUUGGUAGUAAUAUUUUAAUCCUUGGUGGUUCUACAACUGGUUAUCAUCAAGAUGCAGUUAGCCAUGUUUCUCUAUACAGUACAGUGCAGAACAGAAUCCGAAAAGUUCAAGCCUUACCUUUUCCAGUCAUGGACAUGACAACUGUCAAGCAUGGAGAUGAAGUCAUCAUCAUUGGUGGUAGAAAUCAAAAGAAUGAAAUUUUAAAUUUGGCUUUGGCAUACAAUUAUAAAAAGUCUAAAUGCCGACAGUUGCCCAACAUGAAGCACAAGAGAGCAGAAUGUGCAGCAGUUAUAUCUGGGAAUAAG